ACGAGCUGGACAUGCAUGUUGGAAGGAGAGAACAACUUCAAAACGAAGUACAGGAGUUUGAACGGUUCAAAGGGCGAAGAGGCAUAGCAAUUCCGUGCACAGGGUACAGACACGGCGCUACAAAGAGUCGUCGUUCCCCGCCCCGUCCGCAAUAUCGGACCAGAACACCGUCAGCCACCUCGCAUCAUCUUCUCUCGCCAAGUGCUCCCACCGCAACAUGCUCACUUCUUCACCGUCUGCGGCCGACGGGCCUGCUGGCCAUUCCAUGGACACAGACUCACCGUUCGAAUUCGACGAAGAGCUCGAGGACCCCUCCACAAGCUACUUCAACGACGAUGUUCGGACCCUCACCCAAUGGUGGGUAAAUGAGCGCUGCGCGCCGGAAAUAUUGCCGUAUCAGGAUGAGCUGGUACGGAGCUUGCUGGAGAUGGUUGAAGCGCAGACGAGCAUAUUAGAAACGAAAACGUCAGAUACCGCCGAUGGAGCGUUUCUCAACGUACUGUACCAGCAAGAGAUGGAGAGGAUCAAAUUUGUGAUCAGGAGCUACCUACGGACGCGGCUAGCAAAGAUACAGAAAUACACGGCGUUCUUCCUUCGAGAACCAGAGUUUCGCGGGCGAUUAUCGGAGGAGGAGUUGGCAUUUGCAGAGAACCUUCAACAACUUCUAGAAAAACACUUUACGAAGUCAUGUCUGGAGGGUCUGCCGCCAUUCCUGACGCGUUUGGACGAUCAAGCAGGGGACAGCAGUAUGGUGAGCAUGCCGGAUCUGGAAGAUGCAGUGAUAUGCCGAAUACUGGAAGACAUAGGGGAGUUUCAGCUGGAAGAUAGCUCCGAGACGAUCGUGAUGCGCAAGAACAAUAUUUACAUUCUCAGAUACAAAUCGAUAAGGCGGCUGUUAGAAGAGGAUAAAGUUGAGUUAUUAUAGCGAAUAGAUGGGUUCGGAGGAAUGAGGAAUGAGGAUGCACAUAUCAUGCACUCCCGUCACUGAACCUGGCGUAUAUCCCAAUAUCACUGUCUGUUCCCUCUGCUUCAGUUAGCCAGGCA